AUGCAUUCUUCCCUUUGUUUCUACGGGGUGCUUCUUCUUGGUGCCUUGUUAUUUUUGUAUCGCCAAUUUGUAAAGAAGCCAAGGUACCAUAAUCAGAUAGCAAAGGCUGAUAUCCCACCGGGUAGUUGUGGAUUACCGUUGAUCGGAGAGACCGUACAGUUCUUGGCAGCCGUCAGUAGCGGCAGAGGUUUUUACGACUUCAUCCGAGCUCGCCGUUUAAGGUAUGGAAAUUGCUUCAAGACCAACAUAUUUGGAGUGACACAAGUUUUUGUUUCGAGCACAGAAUCAGCUAAGACAAUCUUAAUUAACGAAUCGGGGAAAUUCACAAAAAGAUACAUAAAAUCAAUUGCAGAGCUUGUGGGGGAUCAGAGCCUACUAUGUGCUUCUCAUGAACACCACAAGCUCAUCCGUAGCCGUUUGGCGAAGUUAUUCUCGACGAGUUCGAUUUCUAUUUUCAUCAAACAUUUUGAUGAACUGACUGUGAAGAGUCUUGGCACUUGGGAAAAUGCGGGCACCAUCACUGUACUUGACCAGGCACUCGAGAUAACCUUCAAAGCCAUGUGCAAGAUGUUGAUGAGCUUAGAGGAUGGGCAAAAACUAAAUAUGCUGCAAGAGGACAUAACUCAUGUCUGUGAAGCAAUGCUGGCAUUUCCCUUGAAAUUUCCCGGGACUAGAUUUUAUAAAGGCCUUAAGGCCCGAAAAAGGAUCAUGAGCACACUGGACUUGAUUAUAACUGAAAAAAGAAGAUGCUCGCAACGCAAUCAACAAGAUUUUCUGCAAUGCCUAUUGAUAGAAGAUGAAAAGGCAGGCUCUGAUGAAGCCUAUAGGCUGACAGACACAGAGAUAAAAGACAACAUUUUGACCAUGAUUAUUGCAGGUCAGGAUACAACAGCAAGUGCAAUUGCAUGGAUGGUCAAGUACCUUGGAGAAAAUCAAGAUGUUUUGGACACACUCAGAGCAGAACAACUUCAGCUUGCAGAAAAAAACCCACUUAGGCCAUUUCUUACACUGGAAGAUCUUACUGAGAUGCCAUAUGCCUCUAAGGUAGUCAAAGAAUCGUUAAGGAUGGCAUCUAUAGUAUCUUGGAUUCCAAGAUUAGCACUCCAGGAUUGUGAGAUUGAAGGAUUUAAGAUGAAGAAAGGGUGGAACAUUAAUGUUGAUGCUAGAUCAAUACACCUUGACCAUAAUCUGUACAAUGACCCCAACAAGUUCGAUCCUUCAAGGUUUAAUGAUGACUCAAAGCCUUACAGCUUCUUAGCAUUUGGGAUGGGAGCAAGGACCUGCCUGGGAAUGAACAUGGCUAAAGCCAUGAUGCUAGCCUUCCUUCACCGUCUUAUCACCACAUACAAGUGGAAGGUGAUAGAUUCAGACUCAAGUAUUAAGAAAUGGGCAUUGUUCUCCAGAUUAAAAAGUGGCUGUCCCGUUCAUGCGAAGACACUGGAUAAAAAAUGCUUCUUCCCGUCGGUCCGGGCAAUUAGGCACUUAAAAAAGCCAAAUUUUGCGGCUGCCAAAGAGACUAUCAAUCACACAACUCCUAUCAAGUAA